GUAAUAUUUCGGGUCCUGAGUCAACGUGGGACAGUGCGUUUGCGUCAUGCCGAAUUUGUUGUCAAGUGUUUGUGUUUUUUAAUGUCAGUAGUUCUAUUUUGACAUAUUUUUGACAUUACUAGUUUGGGAUAUUGGACAGUAACUUAUCAUGAUGCCGGGGGAGAAUCUUUCCAAAUUCGCUUCAGGAGCAACAACUGGAGCCUGUCAAAACUGCACUGUGCUUCACCAGAACCUAAACGAAUAUGUGGCAGCUCUCCUGGUUUUGAAACAGAAAACGAUUGACUCCGAUCACCUGCUGAGUGAAUAUCAAGGGAAGUGUGAAGAGCUUCAGAGAUCCCAGAGGGAGACCAGUAAGCAGCGUAUACAACUUGAUGAUCUGCAGUUGAAAGUAGCUUCUCUGGUAAAGCAACAUGCAGAGUACGAAGCCGUGCGGGCAGAGCUGGAGGCUAAGCAGAGCGCUGAGAAGUUGACCCAGCAGCUUUUGGAGGAAGUGGAGAGGCUGAAGGAGCAGAACAACAACACAGAGUCUCUAAAGAAGAGACUUGAGGACCAGCUGAAGAUGGUAGCAGAGACAACGGAGAAGCAGUGUGUGGAUAAUGUCCAGCUGAGACAGGAGAAGACGGCACUGCAGAAAGACCUGCUGACAACACAGGUGUCGUUGAAGACCGUUCAGAAGGUAGCAGAGGAAGUGCAGCAGUUGAAGGAGGACAACGCCAGGACAUCCGUUCUAAAAUACGACCUGGAAAAACAACUUGUACUGUUUCAAGAUUCUCAACUCAAGCAAGAGCGUGACAUUACCAGGCUGAAAACAGAGAAGAUUGUACUGGAGAACGAGCUUCUACAUCUUCAGGAACGACUAGAGAAACUGGAGACGGAGAAGAAUAAAGUAUUGAAGAGCACAUCAACUCAAGCAACGGCACCUGAAGAAACACAGGUGGAUAAAGAGAAGAUCCAGAGGCUGCUGGAGGAUCUAUGGGUGUGUGUAGCUCCUCCCUCAUCACACCUCCCUGCCAGGAGGAAACAGCAGUUAAAGGAGCACCUACAAGACCGUAGCACAGUUGAACCCCACAGACCUGACAGUGACCCGGCAGGCCAUAGACCCAGCAGGAACAGUGACCCGGGAGGCCCUGGACCCAGCAGGAACAGUGACCCGGCAGGCCAUGGACCCAGCAGGAACAGUGACCCGGCAGGCCAUGGACCCAGCAGGAACAGUGACCCGCCAGGCCAUAUACCCAGCAGGAACAGUGACCCGCCAGGCCAUAUACCCAGCAGGAACAGUGACCCGGCAGGCCAUGGACCCAGCAGGAACAGUAACCCGCUAGGCCCUGGACCCAGCAGGAACAGUGACCCGGCAGGCCCUGGACCCAGCAGGAACAGUGACCCGGCAGGCUAUGUACCCAGCAGGAACAGUGACCCGGCAGGCCCUGGACCCGACAGGAACAGUGACCCGGCAGGCCAUGGACCCGGCAGGAACAUUGACCCGCCAGGCCAUGGACCCGGCAGGAACAUUGACCCGCCAGGCCAUAAACAUAGUAGAUCAGUUGAGGAGAUCCUGGACUGGUUCAAGCCGCUGCCCCCUAUCCUCUCCCCCUUACCCUGGUCCUCAGGUCAGAAGAGGUUGGAUGAUGUCUUGGAGUCCAGAGCUCGAGGGACCAGAUUUCCUCUAGAGAAUAGAAACCACUCUGUCUACACUACAGGACCAGCCAAUCAGACAGCAGGACAGCAGCCUGGACCAGCCAAUCAGACAGCAGGACAGAAAACUGGACCAGCCAAUCAGAUGGCCCUUGUGUUGUCAGGACAACAACCUGCAGACUCCUCAGUGGAACUACCAUCAGACAGAAUUAAUUUUACUCCAAGAGAAAGCCCUGUUUCAGAUAGCACUAAUUCUAUUCUGAGAAAAAGCCCUGAUCUGGCCACAGGGACCUCAGGAGAGACCGAGAGGAACAGUGUGGCUGUCUGUGAACAGGAAGACAUGCAGGUAGAACCAGCUGCUGAAACCAUCCAGUCCCCAUCAGGAGAGACUCAAACCUCCUCUAAUGAUCUGCCUUCCUUUACCAAAGCCACAGAGUGUCUCCCAAACUCAGUAGAGCAUCCAGGCAACCUCUCGGUCCAUACUGGGGCCGUUCAGACCUCACUCACCCAGACACAAGGAGAAGAAGUGCAGGACUUCUCACCAGACAUGACAGAGAUGGAUGUUGAGACUAACCCGUGUUAUAAUGGCUGUGUCUUGGCGGGUCAGAGCAUCAACCAUGGGGACUCAGAGAAAGUAGAAAGCAUUAAAGAUCAGUCAGGAGAGGCCAGCGUGUCUCAAACUCCCUCCACUAAACAGCUGGAACCCAGUCUUCUGGUUGAUUGUUCUGCGGAGACAGUGACUGGUCCAGAACAACUGACUGAAUGGGCUCCUAACACUCAAUGUAACACAACUGAUCAGAAAGCAGCUCCUCAAGCAUGUCCCCAUAAACAAGACAAGUUGUUUAGAGGCCAGGAAUCAGAUAAAGACGAUGAAGUGGGUUUCUCUUGGAAACAGGUUGGUGAUGUACUGUUCCCCCCCAGUCACCCUACAGAAGGACUGGCCUCCCCCAGUCACCCUACAGAAGGACUGGCCUCCCCCAGUCACCCUACAGAAGGACUGGCCUCCCCCAGUCACCCUACAGAAGGACUGGUCUCCCCCAGUCACCCUACAGAAGGACUGGCCUCCCCCAGUCACCCUACAGAAGGACUGGCCCCCCAUCACCCUACAGAAGGACUGGCCUCCCCCAGUCACCCUACAGAAGGACUGGCCUCCCCCAGUCACCCUACAGAAGGACUGGUCUCCCCCAGUCACCCUACAGAAGGACUGAAGGAUGUAGGUAUAGUAUCAACCGUCAUCACGGUGCAUUCUGGGGCAGAGGAAUCAUCAUCUGAACAGAAGUCUCUGGCACCUCUGACAAAAACAAGUGUCCACAUCUCUCCUGACAGUUUAACGAGCUCUGUAAAGAACGUAGAGGACUGUACUACGACAUCUGAACUCCAUGAAGACAUCCAGGCAACAAAACCCAAUGCUCAGAGUAGCAGAAACCAUACAGUUUGCAAGAGGUUACAUAGUCCCAUAUGUCUUUCCCCAGUGGUGAACGUGAAGCUCCUGAGAUCUGGUACACAACCGAAGAGGAUGAAUGGAAGGAAAGAUGCUGAAGACCCAGGGUCUGACGUUAGGAAUCCACCGUCUCCAACAGAGUUACAGAGUGACGAGCCUUUGAACAACGGGAUGCUGAAAGAUUGUGAUCGCCCAGUCCAUGUUCUACAACACCAGGAUAUGAAAGCUGACCGUAAGCGUCCGACCACCACCGACUGCAUCUCUGAGUCAAGGUCUGAGUCCCAGCUGACAGAUGAGAAACUAGGUGGGAAAGACGAGACUGAGAUGAUCAGCACUAGAAGUGGGCGUGUCAGGAAGAGUCUUGUUAGAUCAAACGCAGUCCAAACCAGCUCAGGGAAAGACGGCGCGGCUCCCAGGGACGGCGCGGCUCCCAGGGACGGCGCGGCUCCCAGGGACGGAGCUGCUCCCAGGGACGGCGCGGCUCCCAGGGACGGCGCGGCUCCCAGGGACUGCGCGGCUCCCAGGGACGGCGCGGCUCCCAGGGACGGCGCGGCUCCCAGGGACGGCGCGGCUCCCAGGGACGGCCAGCAAACGACCACUCUUUCAUGUAAAGUUAUUAUUGAAAGACUCAGCCCUGACAUGAGUGAAGGGAUCAGGCCAGCAGCCUUGCCUGUGGGCCACUCCCCAGAACGUACAUGGAAAGUUCCCAUUGGGAAGGUUCGCUUUGAAAUGGGUCCUCCACUACCUCCUCUUCUGAUGCCUCUCACUGUAACUCCUCCGAGACCAGCAAAACCUGGCAAUCCAAGACAGGUGAUUGGUAAACUGUCCUUUCCCUCACCAAUGGAAGGGCCUGUUUCCCCUGUGGGGUCCCAAACAGCACCUGAUGGUCAGAUGUUGAGCUCCCCGUCUCGAACCACCCCUUCCUCACCACUACAGUUUGGUUCAGCCACUCCUAAACACGCUGUUCCUGUUCCAGGGAGACUUCCUGCCUUCAGCCCUUCCUCUUCCUCCACUAGUCCCGCCCAGGAGAACUCCAUGAGGAUUCUAGACAGCAUGUAUCCAGAACUGUCUGCCCGUGCCUGGACUCUCAGUAUCCUCCGAGGAAACCUCUCUAUGUCUUCUGCUGAGACGGGGACCACACCUUCCAGCUCUGUCAGUCAGAUAUCUGGCUUCAAAACCAUCAACUCCUCGUCCACGGCUUUCACCAAAACAGAGCAAAGAGGGAAGCGAAGUGGAGUCAACAUGCUUCUACCAAAGAGUGCCAAAAGACUGAGGCUGGAUAACUGCUCCCCCGGCCCUGCUGGAGCGACGGCCGGCCCUGCUGCGAAGGGGAUAUCAUCCAGGACAUCAGCCAGUCCUGACCCACUACUCAGGACACCUCAACAUGGGAGUUCUUCACAGCCUACAGAGAAGGAGAAACUGGUUGGGAAAGCAGCAGGCGAAGCCUCCAUAUCCCAGACCUUAGAGAAGGAGAAACUGGUUGGGAAACCAGCAGGCGAAGCCUCCAUAUCCCAGGCCUUAGAGAAGGAGAAACUGGUUGGGAAACCAGCAGGCGUAUCCCAGGCCUUAGAGAAGGAGAAACUGUUUGGGAAACCAGCAGGCGUAUCCCAGGCCUUAGAGAAGGAGAAACUGUUUGGGAAACCAGCAGGCGAAGCCUCCAUAUCCCAGGCCUUAGAGAAGGAGAAACUGGUUGGGAAACCAGCAGGCGUAUCCCAGGCCUUAGAGAAGGAGAAACUGGUUGGGAAAGCAGCAGGCGAAGCCUCCAUAUCCCAGGCCUUAGAGAAGAUAGCAGCCCAGUGUUUUGACCUGUUGCCAGUCAUUAAGAGUCACCUGUUUGUUGGGAAUCUGUCUAGGAAGCCUGUGUUACGGGAUGAGGAGAAGGAGGUCCUCUCUGAGUUCUCAGACAAUCAGCCUCUGGCAGAUGAUCUGAUGUCGGUGAUGCUGACUAAGCUGAAGACUGAGAGGACUGAGCUGCCUGGGUCUCACCUCCAGGCUCUGGUUAGAGUCUACACUGCUCUGUGCCGACGGAGGAGGGACUGGGACAGAGCACAUAUCCUGGCCUACAGCAUCCUUAGAGAAGAUUUCCCUGAGUCAACCAAGCUGGUUCUGUUCAUGGUGACCACAUGGCCCAAUGUGUUCUCCUGCAGGACUGUAGUGUGCCAGGCCAUCCACACGGUCACCAAGGUCAAAGCUCACGGAGAGGUGCUCCACUGCCUAACUGCUUACCUGGGAUGGGAGACGAGUCCUCCGAGUGACGUGGAUCAGUUGGUGUCCCGCACGUUGUCGUCCGUCAGAGCUGCAGCUGAGAUGACCUUCCAGAAACACCCGCGACAGGGACGGGACCUGAACCCCGUUGCCUGGCAACACGUCUUCACCCUGGAGCUGCUCUGCUCUCAUACACACUGGAAGUGGACCCAUGACAACCUACUGAGUACAGAGCUGUGGCCGUUGAUGAACUCCUGGGUGACCCAGCCCAGGUCAAGACAAACACCCAUCCAGGAUAUCACUGUGGCUGCGGUCCUCAGACUCAUAGGGCGCCUCGGGCAGCUCGGAAUAAAGGAGAGAUGCGGCUCGUCUGUGAAGAACAUCGCCAGGGUCAUCAACACAUUCGCCAGACACGGACAGUCAGAAGGUGUUCCCUGGGAGGUCCAGCUGGCAGCUGUCUACACUGUCUACGACCUGUCGCCUAGCAACCCCAAGGAGGCUCUGGCUGCGCUGGCGUCAUGGCGAGGAGAGACCACCCAGCCCGUCCCCCCCGCUGUCACCAGCUGCAUCACACAGAUCGCCUCGCUCUGCCGACACAUCAAACCCUAGUCCCUAAAACCUAGCUCCUAAUCCCUAGCCCCUAGCUCCUAUUCACUAGACCCUUAAAUGUAGCUCAUAUUCCCUAGUCUUUAACCCCUAGAUCCUAACCUAUAGCUCCUAACCCCUAGUCCCUUAAACAUAGCUCCUAUUCCCUAGUCUUUAACCCCUCCACACCCCUAGCUGCUAACCCCUAGCCCCUAACCACUAGCUCCUAAUCCCUAGUCCUUAAACCUUCCACACCCCAACCCUUAGCUCCUAGCCCCUAACCCCUAGUCCCUAACCACUAGCUCCUAAUCCCUAGUCCUUAAGCAUUCCACACUCCUAACCCUUAGCUCCUAACCCUUAGCUCCUAACCCCUAGGUCCUAAUCCCCAGUCCUUAACACCUCCACACCCCUAACCCAUAGCUCCUAAUCCCUAGUCCUUAACACCUCCACACCCAUAGCUCCUUAACCCCUAGUCCUUAACACCUCCACACCCCUAACCCCUAGCUCCUUAAUCCCUAGUCUUUAGCAGCUCCACACCCCUAGCUCCUAAUCCUUAGUCCUUAACACCUCCACACCCCUAACCCAUAGCUCCUAACCCCUCCUAAUCCCUAGCGCCUAACCCCUCCUAGCUCCUAACCCCUAGCUCCUAACCCCUCCUAAUCCCUAGUCCUUAACACCUCCACACCCCUAACCCAAAACUCCUAAUCCCUAGCUCCUAAUCCCUAGCUCCUAAUCCCUAGCUCCUAAUCCCUAGCUCCUAAUCCCUAGCUCCUAAACCCUAGCUCCUAAACCUUAGCUCCAACCCCUCCUAAUCCCUAGCUCCUAACCCCUAGCUCCUAAUCCCUAGCGCCUAACCCCUCCUAAUCUCUAGCUCCUAAUCCCUAGCUACUAACCCCUCAUAAUCUCUAGCUCCUAACCCCUAGCUCCUAAUCCCUAGCUCCUAACCCCUCCUAAUCCCUAGCUCCUAACCCCUCCUAAUCUCUAGCUCCUAACCCCUCCUAAUCUCUAGCUCCUAACCCCUAGGUCCAUUGCCACUUGUACAGAUCUGAAAGGAUUUCCCUAGGUCCAAGUAUGUUGCCAAUCAGAGGGCAAGGUGAAGCAGCAUCCAUUUGACUGUUUCCUAUCCAUACCUUUUCAGAUCUGACACCUUGAACUCUGCUGUGGACUGAACUUCUGGGACUCCUUUUAAUGUCCAUAUUAUUUAUCUGCUGGUUGACGCAUCACGUUACCCUUGAUGUUCUGUUACGGUUCUUUAUAUGUUAAGCAUGACUUUGUAAAUAUGAUGUUGUAUACAAUAUCUUCUUACUUUUGUAAAUGUUUUGUAAAUGUUCACUGUUACAGAGCCUAUUAUUUCUAUUUAAUUUGACAAAUUAAAAUCUAAGAGGUAAACAUUG